AUGAACCAGCAGAUACUGUCGCUCACAAGGUGUCGCCUUUCGCAGCAGAAUAUAUCAUCUGCCGCAGUUUUCGUUCAACAAUCUUGGAGGGCUAUGUCUAUAGCCGCAAACCACUCCGCCUCCUCCAGAUACUAUGCCUCACAUGCGAUUCAGCCGGUGCUUCCGUUUCUCCUUCCAUAUACCCAUCGUUCGAAUUCUCGACGUAGUCUAGGGCCUCGAAAAUCCACUCGUUUUUCUUCACCGAACCAACCAUCCACAUUUUCGACAUCACAACCCAAGCACUGGGCAAAGGCGAUAUUGAACCCGCGGACCGAUGAUGAGGGGAAACCCAUGAUGAUUAAUAUUUCUCCUCGUGCAGCAAAGGUAUGGGGAACAUUUUAUGUUUUGCGGGUGGUACAGUUGCGAUUGAUGAAGGUUAUGCGCUUCUUCGUUGCGGCAAUUGCGCAGGAAGAGAUGGUUUGGCGGACAAUGAAGUGGAAAACAGGGCUUCCCGUCCGCUCAGCCGAACUUAAGCCACUCGCCGGCCGGCUAGUAGUUGGGUGGGUGACCAACAGCGAAUCCCGGCUGUCUCGCGCAUUUGCGUCACGCCUACGAGAAAUUACCGAUCCAUCCUCCGGGAUGUCGUCAACCUUAAAUGAUGGACCUUAUGACCACCUUCGUGUCACCGUGUCCAGUGGCGGAUGCCAUGGUUUUCAGUACAUGAUGUCGCUUGAUCCAGCGUCCAAAAUCGAUCCAGAAGACACGAUUUUUGAAGCAGACGGGGGCGAUUUAUCACCGGAUGGACAGCCUCUUAGAGGCGAAGCCAAGGUUGUCAUGGACUCGGCAUCAUUAGAACUUUUGCGCGGAAGCACGGUCGACUACACAAUGGAGUUGAUUGGAAGCCAGUUCAAAAUCGUCGACAACCCCAGGGCUAUAAGUAGUUGUGGCUGUGGGACAAGUUUCGAUGUCCCUGAAUAG